AUGCCAGACAACCACAUCAGAAUUCCUUUCGGCCUAGGUGGGAUAUAAAUUUUUUUAACAUUGAAACGCCCAUAUUAUGCCUGCGGUUCUGUAUUUAUCUCUGACAUGUGAGGUGGUUUUUCGCAAAACUGAUCUUGAACUCAUUAGAGCAUGUGAACGGAUGAGGUAAAAUGGCAGUUCGCUAAACAGAUGACUCCUGUUACACUAUUGAAAGGGCCUCUAAAGCAGUUUAUAUUUCGGCUUUUUUAUCAAUAUCCAUAUGUAAAAUAACAAACCACUGCUUUUUGUUCUAGUUUCGGGGUCAAAGAUAUUCAAAUUUGAGAUCCUCGGCGUCAACAAAAGGGACAUUGAAACCAUUCACUUCUCCACAUCUGAUGCCAAAGGUCCAAAAAUUUACAUUCUCUAUCGGAAAAUGCUGACGAAUCUUCCGCAAUGUGCGUUAACUUGGUAUCUUAUUUAACUGAGGGGUAGCGCAAUGCGUUGUUGAUAAGGAAAAUUUGUUUGGGGAUAGAUUGGUCUGAGAACAAGCUUGCGAGAAUGAUUUAUCUGAAAACAUCAAAAUACCUGAAAGGGAUUUUUGAAAUAGUCAGUUCAUAAUUUUUGAGCCUCUGAUAAGGCUUUCAAUGUUAAUUCGCUCAAUACCUGAUGAAGAAUAGUUCCAGCAUAUUGCAUGUAACACUAACCUGCUUUUAUGUUUAUGCAAUUACUUUAUCACCGUCGAUUCUGAAGGUAACAUGAUAUAGCGUUAGCUAAUACGUCUCCAGUUUGAAGAUCACAAGACGUUUUCCAACGCCAAGUAAGAAAGAGAUUUGGCAAACCAAUAGAAAACGUUUACAUUUGUCUCGUAUGGACAAGAUUUCAAAUUGACCACUGUCACUAAACAGAGCUGCACAUGAGGAUGUUUCCCUUGAGAAAACUUUCGUAAUUUUAACUUAAUCGUCUACGUACAUUUAUUCAACGAGAGAUAUUUUUCAGAAUCAAUAAAUCUACUCUCCGUUCGGUAAAACACUCUCGAAAAUGUCUUGAAAAACCUUCCGAUCACCACAUAUCCAAGCGCCGACUGAAGUUUAAUGUAAUUGAAUUCAUAGUUCAAGACUGUUGAAUUGAAUGUAACCUUGACAACAAAUUCUCGGAGAGGUCCCUACGCUGAAACGCAAACCGGACAUCAGUUUUAUCGUAAAUGAACUGCCGUUGGCUAACCCUGUGCACAUUUCAUAAUACCGUUUGUGUUGGCGGAGGGUAGCCGAUUUGUCACACCCAGAACGGGUAAACGUUUUAACCCAUGACGUCGCACUUGAAUCCUCUUGAGCUGGGAUCUUCAAAUAAUUUUUCGGAAACAAUUAAAGAUCUUUCACACUUAAGCUGAGCGCGUUAGCUGUAUCACUCAGUAAUCCGAGUGAAAUAAAAUGCAUCUGCAAAGGCGUGAGCCAUUUUUAGAUUUUAGUCCUACAGCAUUUGUUGAAGACAAGCGUCCAACCAAAAAUCGUUGUGAAUUAAAAAAGUGUUUUCAAAAUAUUCAUAUUGACCUAACUGUGAAAAACUCUGCGCCUCGGUGGGAUUCGAACCCACGCAGUAAGGGGAAGGCUUUAGCGCAGCCAACGCUCUGACCACCAGAGCUACGAGGCCCCGCCGGACGACGCAAGUUUAAUCACAUUUGGGUCAAGUUACCCGCCCAACCUACUGCAACGUCUGCAGUCCACCAAAUCUGAUACAGUAAGUUGACUGCCCAAGCAGGAUUUCCUAAGUAUGUUUACUGAUGAAUUUCCUCAAGGCUGGUGUUCUUCGCCAGUACAAAAAACGACUUAUCAAAUUAGAAUUAUUUUCGCAGUUAUGUUUUCACCGGAAUUCUCCCAACCGUUUGUGCAUUGUCCAUCACCCUCCUCGUACCACGCCGAUAUCACUUGCUCGACCUUCCACAAUAAAUUAGAGGUAAGAUGAAGUGUAUUUGGAUGGUAUAAAUUUCUCUUGGGUACACAUUUAUAUGAACAAUUCUUCUUCUUCCAAAUUACGAUAAAAUUUAUUUAUUGUACCGAAAUUAGUUUUCUAACUAUUCCACUAUAAUCCAGAUCGUUAUGUAAACAGUAGGGCUCGAUCUUCAAGAUAGCAAACCCAUGAGCACGAUAGGGCGUCUUUCCUUAUAAGGAAACCGCCUGAAAACCCUUAAGGAAUGCCAGAGUUCGGUUGGUAUUUUGCAAACCUACAAAAUAACUCACAUAUAUGGUCACUGACCGAUUCCAUAAACUGUCAGCCUAAAUUCUGAAAUAAGACUUCGAUUAGGUAUGAUUACGUAAUUGGGUUUUAGUUAUAAUUAUCCUCCUGGACUUUCUUAGAUGACUGUAUUCCUUUUCGGCCUCCAGUAAAAACCGAACGCGGCGAAAAAUGGCUACUUGAGUAGCAUGAAUUGUUUAUGUUCACUUUCGAUGCCCAUAUACAUUCGGAUAUAUUUUAGGGAAAACAUGAAUAAAAGUAUACCUUCUCGUAUUUAUUUAGUUACUUUUUGUAUUUUCUCUGAAUUUUGUAUUUAGUGAAAUAGUAUCUCUAGGUUUUAAAAAAAUUUUCUAAUGUGUGAUUGUUCAAAACCACCUAAUGUCGAUUCACAGAACAUCUUGUCUGUCCGGUUAUUGGUACUUCUCAUGAACUAUACACCGCAGCCCCAGUCUAUUGCAAAAUUUCAUGAGAUCUAUACAAUAUCUUCCAAAAGACAUAGAGGCAUACAUGAUUUUUAAGCAGAAUGUACAUACCUUGUAGGCUGAAACCGAAAAGCACAAAUGCGCCAGUACACCGAGCCUAAAAAUUAUGUGGAAAUUGAUUAACCUUUUUAAUAUUGAAAGGCGCACUUUCUUCGGACAAAGGAAUUAAAAAAUGUAUAAUUUGCUACUAAUUCAGUACGAGGAAGAAUGCUUUUAUGUAUGAUUUUCGUAAAAUAUAUUCGAAUUAAUAAAGAAAUCGAAAGUGAAAAUGAGCAAUUCAUGCUACUUAAGUAACAGUUUUAACCGAAUGCGGUUUUUACAGGUUAAAAAGGAGCGCAUUUAAAAGCCAGCAGCCUAACAAGUCCGAGAUCAUACGCAAUUGCACCGGAUGAUAAUCUAAACUAAAACCGCAUUUAGAUAAUCCUACCUAGUCGAAACCACAUCUUAGAAUCUCAGCCAAAAUUUCAUGACAUCUGUCGCUGACUAUAUAUAGUUAGCUGGUUGUGAAUCUUUUGUUUGUUUAAAGGUGUUUCUACAGGUAACAUAAAACACUAGAAAACGAAAGUUCUUGGAAAAAAACCGAUGUAUAAAAGCAUUUCCUGCUUUAACAUUUCUUUACCAAGAGUACGCUUUUCCCUAUGGGGCAAGUUCUCACAUAGUUUGUUUCAGUAAAUACCACCUAAAGAGAAUAUUAGUGCAAUACUGUUAUUUAUGAAAGAUUUUUUUCACUGUCACUCAACGUUUUUGAACAAAUCAUGGCUAAUGGUCUCUAACACAAUGCUGAACAUUGUGCUUUUAGGGGUUGAGGGUUCUUGACGGAAACACGGUCCUUUGUGACGCGAAGUAUGCUGGCAACCCCAAGUGCCGUAAGCAAACAUCAAAACAAACGCAUACUCUUGUUUUUUCCUUAACAAUAAUUCAAUACCUUUCGGUAAUUUCUAGACACUUUAUUUAUUUGUUUUGCUCAAUUCCUUACGGUGAGACUAACUUAUAUAGCCCUCUGACAGAACAAGAGAACAUGAACCGCUUGCAAUAUGCGUGGCUCAAGGCCAACAUCCAGCAAAGCUAGAGUUGGGUUAAGGAUUAGGUUUUAGGUCCGGAUUUAAAGAUACCGGUAGGAUAAGUAAGGACCAAGUUUUGGGCCAAGAGAGGACUAGGGUUAAUUGCACAUUCAAGGUUAAGGGUAGGGUUAGGUUUCAGAUUAGGACAACGGUUUUGUGUUAUAUAAGGGUUUAGGACACGGGAAUUAUGUGCAGAUCCUCCCUUACUGUUUGGGCAGCGCGAAGCUAUCCCCGUAUCCUGUUUAAUAGUUAAAUGCGUCAAUCCUACAUUCUAUACUUUCAAGAAAAAUCCAAAAAAACCUUUAGAAACAUCAAGAUGCUAUCAAAGAAAUGUUUAUCAUAUGACGUCAAGGAGGCAGUUGAAAGUACAGUGAGUGGCCGAUCUCAUGAAAUGUUGGACGAAAUGUCGAAAUGUGUUUUUGAUUUGAAAGGAUUACUUAAGUUUGGGUUUCAAUAUUGGUUAUUGUGCGGCAUAAUCCAGUUAUAUCAUGGACUUGUCAGGAUGUCGGCUUUUGAAUGUCUUUCUUUUAAUCUCCGGCAGAAACGACACUCGGCAAAGAAUGACUACUUAAUGGCAUGCAUUUUUCGCAUCGAUUUUCGAUGCUCUUAUAAAUUAAAAUAUAGUUAAUAGGAAACAUGCACAAAAUAUGUUUUUUCUACUCAUUUGGUGGCUAAUCACAUUAAAUUUAUAUUUUAUGCUUAGAGGCAGGGCAUAUCUGGGUUUUAAAGAAGACUUUAAUUAUACGAUUUUUAAGACCGUGCAAUGUCCAUUCAUACAGCAUCGUACCUGUCUGUUUGCCAUUGCCUCUCAUGAAAUAUAGAACAAAGCCCGCACCCAUUGCGAAAUUUCAUAAACUUUUGAAGGCAUAAAACAAUAAAUUAUUUUUUUUACGCGGAAAGCAUGCGCCUUGUACAAUGAAAUCGCCAAACGCUAGUGCAACGGCGGAUCUGACUUAAAAUUAUCCGGGAAUUUGAAAAUUUUAUUAAAACCUAAACAUACUCUGCCUGCAAGCAUAAAGUGUAAAGUCAACGUGACUUACCGCUAAAUGAGUAGAAGAAAGCAUAUUUUGUACAUAUUUUCUCUAACGUAUAUUUGAAUUUUUAAGACCAUCGAAAACCAAUGCGAAAUAUGCAUGUUAAUUAAGUAGUCAUUGUUAACAAGUAUGGCUUCUGCAGGAGAUCAAAAGAAGGGCCUUCAAAAGCCGACAUCUUGGCGAGUCUGAAACAUUAAUGAGAUAUGCUGCAUGGUAACCAGUACUACAACCACACCUAAGUAAUCCUUCCAAAUCAAAAACGCAUUUCAGAACUUCGGCCAACAUUUCAUGAGAGCGGUCACUCAAUGUAUCUCACCGGACAAUAAGUGAACAUCAAGGCACAAAGUAGUAUUGGGCGUCAGCAGGUUAUUAAUGAUUGGCUUGACUUUUCGUCUUUAAUGAACUGGUCACAACUUUGGUUGCAUUUCUAUUUGGAGAUUAGGCACUUCACAAUACGUCAAACCCACAUGAGGAAAAAAUGUGCAGUAGAUUCGUGGGAUAUGAAUGACGUGAGACGGUAACUGAGUAUUUACUGAAGUCAGGCCUCUCCCCAGUCAUGCUGCAAGAAUUCACUUGCACAUAACGAAGCAGUACUUGCAGCCCGUGAGGAGGACCAAGUUAGCCCGUCAGUUGGUAGCCCUGCAAGUCGCGAGUUACAGCGUGUUGUGGUAGUUCAAAAGCACACUAGAUUGUCAUGUACCUUUACCGGCUGCUUAGCUCGCUUUUUAGCGCAGAUCAUUAUUUAAGUGUGAAUGUUUGCGGUUUUUCUUACUUUAAUGAUGUCAUCGAUAAGCACGAAAAAAAUGUGACUGUAAUUUGUUCCAUAUAGCUACGACAGUUAGCUUUUUGUGUUACGGAGAAAAGAAUGCAUGAUUUAAAGGAAGAGACAUUUAAUAGGAUUUAAUUAAGUCUUUCUGAGAAAAUCGUUGCAUGGUUUCUUAAAUUCUUUCCUGCUGUAUAUAGAAAAUUUUCUAACGUGCGCUUGUUUCCUAGACACAAAGGUGCGCCAAGGCAGGACAACUGUGCGCGAGAGAGUGUACAAGACUCCAACAACGGAACGGUUUGUAUUCCUUACGUGUGAACUGGAGGUUGGGAAUCAAAGGGGUUACAUGACACAUCUAAUUGACUUCGGCAGAAAAGGUAGGCGAAAAAUGCACAUGGAAAAGAAACUGAAUUCUUACUUACCGAACACGCACAUGUUACUAGCAAGCACAUCGGAUGAUUGCACUUAAACUUCUGGUUGCAGACUACCGAUAGAAGAUGGCUAUUAAUCCUAAGUUCCUCUAUUAACCACGUAAAAAAACAAUUUGAAUUAUCACUUACCGCGCAAACAUACUACUAACAACAACUACUAUUGAUGGCUUUUGAAAAUCUGGAUGUAGGUUGCAGAUUCAACGUGGUCAUUAAGUGUGAAUUCAUAUAUUAAUUGGUUUAAGUUACUGCCGCUUGAUUUGACAGAUUUUAAAUACAGUGUGCAUGGCUCGUUCUCCUAAAACAACCAAUAUUAAUUAGUUUGCACGCCCCAGUAACAUGUUCGGAUUUUACGGUAGGACAGGGAACACAGAGUGCACUCCCGCUUUGCGUUGAUUUUGUACAUUAGAAAUGUCUCCAGCCUGCUUUUAGGGCCUUUCUUACUAUCGACAGUUCAACCAUCGUCUUCCUUGAUGUCCACCAGGGUCUUCGCAACAGGGUUGGGACAGGGACGGUGACUUUCGCGUGAUUUUCUUUGUGGUUGUAGCUGACUUGCGCACCGUCUAUUGCACUCUCCCGCUUUUCCACUAUCUGUUCACGGUGUCAUGACCAAGUUAAGAAGAGUGGAGGCAAGGGGCCGCAGUUAGCUGGCACGGCGAUAACCAACACCUAGGCGUACCGCGACACCUUCUGGUCAACACCAAACAUUUGAACAGGAUUUUAAACAACAACAAAUAUGGGGCGGCGCGGAUCCUAAGUGGCGUAACGCAAGCCUACAACUGGGCCUGCCACUAAACCCUGAAGUUUGGCACUUGCUAUGGGCGCGCAUUUCCGACAACGCCUGCCGGACUCCAACCUAGCUCCCGUGUUGUUUCAGUGCAUUUACCGGAUGGCCGGGUUUUGGAACCAAUCGUGCUUGUCAAGGAAUAUUUUUGGUCGCUUAAGAUCAUUUUUCUCCAUUUAUUUGCCAUCAAUAUGUACGCUAUUCAUUUCGGGCUUUGUAAAUCAGAUCAGGCAUACAAAGUAAAAUGCUGAUCUGCCUCCCAGCCAGGGUUCUGAAGGAUUUUAAAAGACAGCUUAGUCUAAUCACUCACCAUUUCGUAAUUUUCUGACAGUAGAGUCGAUAUAAAUGAGGUGUUAAUUAACCAGUGGAUACAGUUUAGAUAACUCAGCAAGUGGAGCAAACAGUUCGGUGCACAGUUUGUUUUUUGACAACGCAUUAUGUGAAUGUUUGAGUAACUGGGAAAUUCAAAUCCCGUUUUAAUGUCCUGCAUUGACUCAAAAUAAAAAUUCAUUUCUAGUGAAAUUUUGACUGACUGCGACAAAAGCUAUACUCGAACCAGGUGCUUUUCGAUUAGAAUUGCUCAAAAAUGACAGUUAAGGACCAAUCACAAAAUUGUGCAACGAAAACCUCCAAAUCGCCAUCACAAAUAAUCGGAGUUUCAGAAUACGUAACAAAAUUGAAUAUUUUUCCCAAGUUCCGUGACAUUAGAACUUUCUAUGUUCCGCUGCGAAAUUUCAUGGGUUUUCAUUUGAUUCAAAACUACAGACCAUUCUUCGUUUACCUACUCAACGUAAUAUUUUAUAUUCCAGAUGCCUUCGAAAUCGGUACGUUUCUAGAAUUCGGCUGUUUAGGCCUCCACAAAGUUAGUGGUUUAAGAUCCUAAGAAAUACAUAAGCUCUUACGCUUGAAUGAGUCUCAAGGGAAGUUUAUUCAGACGUAUGUUCUAUCAUCACAGAUUUCUCAUCUUUUUUCGUCGAAUUUAGCUGAUAUCUUUAAAUCUCCAAACAAAAUAACCAUCUCUUUAUUGCGUUGAAAAUUAUUUCGAGAUAUUUUACUGCCACUAUUUGGCAAUGGGCUGAUGCCUUCUUAGACUACUUUGCUGUCAUAUGUCAAAGGUAAAGGGAAUUUUGAUAUUUUAGACUUCUCAAAGCAAAAAUCUCAGUCUGAACCAACCGAAUUCCUUCUAGCCUCAAACACUCUCGUUCUUAAAAUGCCCGCUCUACAAAGCACUUUAAAUAUAAAUAUUGGCUGGUAGUCGCGUCGGCAACUACUCUUUAUCUUCAGUCAUAUCAGACGUCAAAUUUUAUUUGAUUAUCUGCUCUAAGUUAAAAUAUUAAAUUGUAUGACCAGUGUUCACUCCCAUCAUGUGUAAAACAUUUUCCAAGAUAGCCAUAUUUUAGUAUAUAAGCUCUUCUAAUUUUUUCUAGUGGAAAUCUUGAGAAGCCAUUUAAUAUAUUCACACAUAGAAUGCUGGUCUGCAACGCUUACUUUAAAAUACGCAGAAUUAUUUAUAAGCACUAACCGUUUUGGCAAGAUAUGCACAUUUUCUGGCGUUUUUCCCUUUGUAAAUAUUCGUUUGUUCUAGAACCGCUACUUUCAAUACUUUUUGAAUUACUUCUUCCACUUAGGCAAAGAGGACAUUGACGGUAAGCCAAUCUCAGACCGCGCUUUCAAGGAGUAACUUUAUCAUGGUUAUUUUAACGCGAUUCAUACGAGAGAAGCUCGUUAGAUUGGUGCAGUUGUGUUUAAUAGCUAUUUUUUGUUUAUUUACGAAUGUUUCUAUUUUUUUAUCUGGAAUUCGGAUCACAGAACUGACAUUCCUGCUUUUUACUUAACGCAUCAUUCGUGCCCUUAGUAAAAUAUCCCUUGGCCACAAUUAGCAUAUUCAAACACAUCUCACUUUUCGUAAGAAGGGAUUGAAAAAUGAAAGUGAGUGUGUCAUAUGAAUUGUAGAAACAUGGUCUCAUCUUGGCUUCAUUUACAACGGAACCUAUCAGCGCAACUCAAGCGCAGAUCACUUUUAUGCCUUCAUGGAUUUUAGGCCAAAGGUAGGUUACAACUAUAAAAACAAAAUCCAUACCAGUUUGUCAUAUGCUACACUUUAGGGAUACAUCCAGUAUUAAUUUUUAACUAUUUGUGGAAAAAAAUGCAAAGACCGGAAAUCUCAUCAGUCAGAUAUUAUAAAGAUAGGUCAAUACGUUUGACCGUCCAUAAACUUUAUUCGGAGCGAUUUCAGAUCUCAGUGAUUGCUAAUUCCUUCGCAAAUGAACUAUUUUAUUCACAAAGUGUAUGCAUAAAUGUAGCGUUUUGAGAGGAAAUUUAAAGUACACUUUUGAAACUGUUAAUCGCAGAUAUCGAUUCCUCUUUACGCAGUUGCUUAAUAUUGCAUUAGAAUCAGCCAAUAAAUUGCUCAGAAAUGUAGUCUUUGUAGUCUUUUCGCCCUGAUUAGAUAUUGCUGUCGUUUAUCUGCUUCUCAAUACUUCCUAUAAUCCGAAGUGAUUUUACGUGAAAACGCAAAAAUACUGGCGGAUUCUUCUUAGAUGUCAGACUAUUCGGUUAUUAUUAUAGAUAAAUGUCCCUUCAGGAAAUAACUUUUAGUGAUUGGUCCGACUGAUCCUUCGUCAGAACAAUGUUGUUUCUCUGUUCGCUGUCAUGAACACUUAAUUUGUUGUCUGUCAGUUGUUUUUAGUGAAUUCUUAUCAUGCCUUUGAUGGUAACCCGUAAAGCGUCAACCAAAACACCUACCCAAACAUUCCACAUAAAAAUUUACUUGAAAGUAUAUUAGGAUACCCAUUAGCAUGAAACACUUACUCGAACUGUUGCAAUCCUUACGUAAACGUCGCUUAAAAUGGUGAGUUGUUGGAACGCGUCAGUAAGCCAAUCUCGGAAUUCUAAUUUGAAGGAAAUGUGGCAUUUCCGGGAUGAUUCCCCGUUUUGGUCUUCAAUACCUUGGUAAAUUAGGUUUGAUGAGACGACAAAAUCAGCCCGCAUGUUGCAUCUCGAUAUUUACUUGGUUGAUAAUUAAAUGCUCUUCUGAGGCGCACUUCUGUCUACUUCACAUUAGCUGAGUCGUAGAGAAUAAAGGAUCAUUUGCUCUGUAUGCAUAUAUAUGCGGAGAAGUUAGUACCGCCAAAGUCACCGGGGACUGAGACGGCCACUUCUCGGCUGUCAGCCAUCACCGGUUACCCAGAACCAACCCCAUGUCUAGAACACCUAGUUAUUUAUUUAAAGUGGGCCAAUCAAAAACAUAAUUCGUAGGCUCUCAUGCCUUCCUUACCUCGUGACGGACUUUGCAAAUUCAUCUACCAUAUCCGCCCCUAGCAUAAUAAUCACAAUCACGGAUAAAAGCGAAGAUGCGAGUUCCAGCGAGUACGAGAUCGCUUGUCAGAAUUUGGGGUAGGUAUGAUUUUGUCGCUCGUCUCGUUUACGCACGCCCAGGUUGAAGGAGUUGCGCAGGUAAACAUUUUCUCCGAAAAGCCAUCGAAGACAGUAUAUUUCUGCAACCCUGUCUUCUUGCUCACUUCAGUCCGUCUCAACACGUCCAUAUAGUGUCCUUACGUAACAGCAUUUGUGGCUGAUUGGGUGGUUGCUGCUUAAGUUCAGCAUUUGCAUCGUGUUGGUCGCUUUUUUGAGCACUUUGGUCUUUAGUCCACCACAUUCUUUGUAGCAUACGAGGACAUCAAGGAAGGCCAGCUGGUUGUUCUUUUCCUCCUCCGUCGCAAAUUAUAUGUUCGAGAGGACGUUGUUGGAACGUUCUAAGUUCUGGCGAGCGAUCCCGUACAUCAAGAGCGUCUCUGAAACCGUUAGUCGCCUUCUCGCACCAUUUGGCGUUGGAGUUGCACACAGACCGGAACCCAUCAUAAGGCGUCAGGUGAUGAGACCAAAAGACCCACUGACACGACAAGAAACAUCUGAAGUCGUUUACGUGAUUUGGCGCAGUUGCGGACAAAGCAACUACGUCGUGGAAACUGGAAGACUGCUCCGGACUCGAAUCGCCGAACACGCGACAACGGUGCGGAUAAAGAACGCCAACCAUCAGGUCGCGGCCCAUUCGACGAGACCCGGCCACACAUUCAGGAUCGAUGAAGCCGAAAUUCACGCGAGAGGGGAUAAUCGCGUGAGCCGCGAGUUGCUUGAGUUAUGGUUCACGGGACCUCAGUCUAUCAACAAGCGCAACGACAUCUCCACUCCAUAUUCCGUGCCGAGGCAUAGGCUAGCCAGAGUAAAUGGCCACUUAAGGAUCGCGCAAGCCAAUGAACCAGACGGCCGAGCAAUCGGCACGCCAGCAUCCAACACGGGUGAUGAGGUUUUAACAAUUAACAACUUGCACGACGGCCGUCAAUCGAUUAGCGCAGCAGCGGGCAACAAUUCUUGAUAAAGGAGAUCGCAGUUGAUUUCUAUGCGUAUGCGGUAGCAUAGUGGCUGCGUCCUAUAAAUAGUGCAACUUUCUGUGCUCGAAACACCCGUUUUUGUCACUGUCCCUAAAGAGAAUUCGAAGCGUCAGGCAAAUAAGGCUCUUGUUCCAGCGGUCCCUACUGCCUCUCAACAUUCACAAUUAUUGAUCCCAUGAUCAAAAUAUUUUUCCUUGAUUGCAUGGUAAAUAAAUGUCUCGAUCUCAAUUGGCACUUAAAACCUAUACUGCUGCAGAACAAACACGAGAAUAUCAAGAAAAGAGGAGCCGUUCACUGGGAGGGGUUUACUGGGGAUUCGACAUCUCGAUUAGUUACUUUGUCUACCCGUCUUCAGAGACUGGGAUGCCAUGAGGAAAAAGAAGAACAAGAAGAAGAGAUACAAUCGCUGGGACAGGAGCUUUACUAGCCUAUGAACAUUCACGGCUCCUCCCCUCAUCAGGGAUAGUUGCACUUGGUGUGCUGACUGUCUGAUGGCCGACAUUCGCGUCGUUAAUUACUGCAAUUUCAUCACGUGCGUUGGAUGUUGAUGUGGUAAUUGCUCGACCAUUUGAUCCACCGACCCCGGCGGUUGGAAAAGUGUUCACCUGUGCGCUCCCCGCGUGGCUAAUUACCCCGCUUCGGCGAAGUCUCAGCACCGAGUAUGGAAGAGGAAGGUCAUUGUACUCAAGCAGCUCCCGGCUCACGCGGUUGUCACCUCGAGCGAACAUUUCGGCCUCGUCGAAUUUGAAUGUGUGACCGGAUCUCGUCGAGAGCUGGCGUCACUUCUCCGCACCGCUGCAGCGUGUUCGGCCAUUGGCGUUCGGAGCUGUCUUCCAGUUUCUCCGACGUGGUUGCUUUGUCUGCAACUGCACCAUAUCCGAUAAACAACUACAGACGUUUCUUUUUCGCAUUCUCCGACAUAGUUUCUUUGUCUGCAAUCUGUCCUCAUCUCUGAGGAUGGGCUCGAGCAGGAAUCCGAAACGGCAGGCUAAUAAAGCUCUUGUCGCAGCAAUGGCGUCUUCUUCUUCACGACUGCUUUCUGGGACUUGUCUCUGCGCUUCUAUUGGCAGUGGAAUGCCAUGCCAACAGCUCUUCUUCUAUGGCGCACUUUGUUUGAUGCGUGUCUUCGCAGUGCCGCCUGUGUGGCUAAAUCCUACCCACACAUCACCUAGACCUGAAUCGCCCCACCCUCAUCGGCCGCGGAGAUAGCUGAUGACCCCGACUGUCCGCUCCCUGACUGCCCCCGUCAGGAAGGUUCGUAAAACCAGAUGGGGGAUCACAAAUUAAUGUGACCAUUGACAGAACAGUUGGAAAACAUCCAGGCUUCUUUCACUUGCCGUGCUCUAUGAUUAUCGCCUCGGCCCAAGAUCGCAAGGAUGUCAAAGAAGGGCAGAGAUCAAAUCUGCACAUCAGACCUUAUGCGUAAUCUUGUCUUGAGCAGUAUCGUUGUCUGCAUGUCCACUCCGGGACGGACGUCAUCAAAUUUCAAAGCUCCUUCAAAAUGGAGAUUUAUAAGAAGUGUAUGAUUGUAAGAAUGCAAGCCUUUUACAGAAACCUGCGAUGUCAACUAUUAAAAAAAGUUUAAAACCGUCUAGCGAGUGUUUUUGAAAAUCUCAAAGUUCAUAUGUCAAGCUGGCUCUCUAACACUCAAAAAGGUGCAUAUCCGAAGAAUUACCCUUUUUGAAAUAUGUUUCUCGGUGUGUACAAUAUACAGUGAGUGACUGAUCUCAUGAAAUGUUGGCUGAAAUACUGAAAUGCGUUUUCGAAUAGGAAGGAUUACUUGGUCGCCGUUGUAAUAUUGAUUAUCUGGCGGCAUACGUUUAUAACAUUUCGGACUUGGCAGGAUGUCGGCUUUUAAAUGCAUUUCUUUUCAAUCUAAUGUAGAAAGCGUACUCGGUAACAAAUGACUACUUAGAUAGCAUGCAUUUUUCCAUUGAUUUUCGAUUGUCUUGGAAAUUCAAAUAUAUUUUAUAGAAACUAUAAACAAAAAUAUGCUUUCUUUUAGUCAAUUAAAAGAGAAUCAUGUCUUCUUUAUAGUUUAUAUUUAAGGAAGGAGCACAAUUAGAUUAAAAAAAAGUUUUCUAUUUGACGAAUAAUUUGGAGCCUUAUCAUUCGUUGCAUUAGCGCUUAGUGAAUUCACUCUACAAGGUGCAUGCGUUCCGCGUAAAGAAAAUCGCAUAUUUUCCUAUGCAAUUAAAGAGCUCUUAUACAGAGUCCAUAAAAUUUUGCAAUGAAUGCAGACCAUGUUGUACAUUUCAUGAGGAGCAGUGGUAAACCGCCAGGUACGAUGCUAUGUGAAUGAACAUUUCGCGGUCUUAAAAAGUCUCAUAAUAAAAACUUUUUUUAAAACCCAAUUAUACUCCUUCCUUAGGUAUAAAAUAUAAAUAAGACGUGAUUGUCAAUUGAUUGACUAAAAGAAAGCAUAUUUUUAUGGUUUCUAUAAAAUAUAUUUGAAUUUCCUAGACAAUCGAAAAUCAAUGGAAAAAAUGCAUGCUAUCUAAGUAGUCAUUUUUUACCGAGUACGCUUUUUACAGGAGAUUAAAGAGAAAUGCAUUUAAAAGUCGACAUCCUGCCAAGUCCGAAAUGUUAUAAAAGUAUGCCGCAAGAUAAUCAGUUAUACAAAGGCGGCCAAGUAAUCCUUCCUAAUCGAAAACGCAUUUUAGAAUUUCAGCCAACAUUUUAUUAGAUCGGUCACUCACUGUAAAUAUGCGACGUCUCGCGAUGGCAGAACUGUAGAUAAGAAUAAGCAAAAGUCAUGUCAUUAUGGUUCAAACGCAGGCUUAUUUAGUACCAAAGUGUCCGGAAUCCAUUGCAAAUUAUGAAUUCAGGUCUCUCCUUUUAAAGACUGCUGAUUCCGUUGUGUUGCGGAAUUACGUCUCAUCGUGCAUGCCCAGCUCACGGACGGUGCUAGGAUAGCCUGGCUGCUAGAACACUACAUCUCCGUACCUUUUUGAUUGGUAUUUUCGCAAACCAGCCGAAUGCUGCGACUGAUUUUCUCGUGCCUAGUUAUUUUGACCAAUUCACUAUACAUAAAGUAAAAAAUGACUACAUAUAUAGCAAGAAUUUUUCUCAUUAAUUUUCGAUGCUCCUAAAUGUCCAAUAAUAUUUUAUGGAAAGCACGCAUGAAAGUACUCACUCUUUCGCUCACUAGAUAGCUAAUUACGUAUUAUUCCAAUCUUAUACUCGAUGGAGGGGUAUAAUAUGGCUUUCAAAAAUUUUUCCAAAUCCCGAUUAAUUUUGAACCCACUUUACCGUUGCACUUGGAUUCGGGCUUUCCAAACUACAAGCCGUAUAUUUUCCGCGUACGAAAAACCACACAUUUCUCUAAGGUAAUAAAGGGAAACCAUAUAGGAUUCAUAAAAUUUAGCAGUGGAUUUUAGCCAUAGUGUUAACUUUACAGGCCACAUUGUCAAAUGCAGCGUCAUGACGAUUUAUGCACGGCCAUUUCACGGUAUUUAAAAGUCCCACAAUUAGAAACUUCUAAAACCAAAUUAUGUCUCUCCUUUGAGCAUAAAAUUAGAAAAAGACGUAUUUUUUACCGAGUGAGCAAAAGAAUGAAUACUUUUGUGCAUGUUUCCUAUGAAAUAUAGUUGAACUUUUAUUAGCAUCGAAAAUCGAUGAGAAAAGUUCAUGCUGUUUAUGUAGUCAGUUUUUACAGAGUGUCGUUUUUGCAUGCAGCCAGAAGGAAGUUCUUUCGAAAGCCGGUAUCCUGAGGUACUUGAGGUAUUAUAGAACUAUGUUGCAGGCUUACUAGUUUUACAAACCUACUUAAUAAAUCUUUUCGAAACGAAAACGCAUUUUGGAAUUUCGGUUGACAUUCAAUAAGUUAGUCAAUAUACUGUAGCUGAAUAUUACAGUGUUUGACCUUCGUGACCGAGGGUGACCGUGAGAGCAGGAACCAUUGACUCUCGCGUGAAUCUGAUUAUAGUGAUAGUGAAUUUGCGCAGCGUCUAUCGCACUCUCUCGCCCUACCCCGUCUGGGUCUGCUGUCAAGACAGUCAAGAUGCAGGUGCAGGUGGCUGGCAUGGCCCGACCUGGGCUUACUACCACACCCGCUGCUCCAAAACGAAUACUUGACCAACAGCAACACCAAUGGGGAGCGCCAGGGACUCCAAUGUGUGCGACUAGCUUGUCAUUACACCCCGAAUGUUGGCACUUGCUUGGGUGUGCAUUCUCGGCAACGCCUGCUAGAAUAACAUAUGACCCCGUGUUGGUCCAGCGCAUUCGCGCAUGGCACGUUUUGAGAUCAAGAAUGGUCGUAUACAAGUAAAAAGAUCGUAAUCUAAAAGCGGAAAACGCGCCUACAUCAGCAUGAAGAGAUACCAGUCUUCAUGAAAAGACUGAUCAUCUACACGCAGCUGGGGGUGGCAGUUAGCGUAGCGUGUGGCCGACUCAGGGAACUGUCAUGACGUAUGUGAUCACCACUGCAAAUGGUUUAGAGCAUGUUGAGUUAUUUUUAUUGAGCAUGUAGAAGAUGAGAAUUGGGCUGGACAAUCAGGAAGUGCACAUGCUUUCUGUACAAUGAACUAUUUUCAAUUUUUUUCUUAGCGAGGCUUUUUUAGUAUUUCAGGGGGUUCUAUCGGAUGGAUGGUGAAAACUGCAUUACCAGCAUACACAGUUUUGUCUGCAAAAUUCGAAAAGGUAAGAAACGAACAGAGUAUUGUACAUUACAUUUUCCAACAGAAGACUUGUGUCGCAGUUUGCUGUAGGCAGUUGGAUGGAUCCUGCUGGUGAAAGUAUUGCCAACGUCACAUAUACUGCUGCAUAAGUGACUGAGUCGAAUGGGUAUAUGUUAAUGUAACUUAUACUACUGACAGUGGACAGCAUUUUUGCCUACUUUCAAAAAUUGCAUACACGUUUCGGUACAGCUGAAUAAUCCACUUGACCCAGUAUUGAAACAGUCAUCGGUUUCGGUGAAAUGUAAACCCACGACAGCUAAUGCAAAAACCUAAUAAAUAAGUUAGCAUUUUAGUAAUCUUAUGGACUCUAGAUUGAUUACUUAGGAAAUUCUGCUUGGGUAGUAAGCAUGCUGAAAUGUGAUUAAACUCACGGUUACCAGUGAGACCGUGACUGUGCUCAAACCUCGUGCGUUUAAAUCACGCAAUGGCCGAAAUGGUCUUCGCAAUUAAAUACAGUAGGUGGGCUAACUCAUGUAAUGUCAACCGAAAUUCCGAAAUGCGUUUUUCUUUCAAAAAGAGUAAUUAAUCAGGGUUGUAAAACUAGUCAUCCUACAACAUAAUUCUAUAAUAUUUCAGUUACCUUAGGAUGCCGGAUUUCGGCUGCAUGCAAAAUAGCACUCUGUAAAAAAUGACUACUUAUUGGCAUGCAUGUUUCUCAUUGAUUUUCGAUGCCUUAAACAAGAUAAUUAUAUUUCAUGGAAAACAUGUAUAUAAGUAUUAAAUCUUUCGCCCAUGCGGUAGACCAUUACGUGUUAUUCCAAUUUUAUACUCGAAGGAGGAACAUAACUCGGUUUUAAAAAGGUUUCUAAUUGUGGGAUAUUUAAAUACCGUGAAAUGGCCGUCUAUAAAUCGUCAUUUCUCUGUAUUUGCCAAUGUGACUUGUAAAGUUGACAAUAUGGAUCAAGUCCACUGCUAAAUUUUGUAAACCCCAUAUGGUCCUUUUUUAUUACCGUAGAGAAAUGAGAGGUUUUCCAUACGCGGAAAAUAAACGGUUGGUAGUUUAAAAACUCUGAAUCCACGUGUAACGGUAGAGCGCGUUAAUAAUUAAUCGGGCAUUGGAAACGCUUUUGAAAAACGAAUUAUACCCUUCCUUCGAGUAUAACAUUAUACGAAGACGUAAUUAGCUACCGAAUGAGUAAAAGGAUGAAUAUUUGUAUGCACGUUUUCCAAAAAAUAUAAUGAGCCUUUUAGGGGCAUCGAAAAUCAACAGGAAAAGUUCGUGCUGCUUUAGUAGUCAUUUUUUGCAGAGUGUAGUUUUUGCAUGCAGCCGAAAAAAAGUUCAUUCGAAAGCCGCAUCCUGAGGUAGCUGAAAUAUUAUAGAAUUAUUUUGCAGGCUGACUAGUUUUACAACCCUAAUUAAUUAAUCCUUUCGAAAUUUCGGUUGACAUUUCAUGAGUUAGCCCGCUUACUGUGCUACACUUUAUCAGACGAUAGCAGUACUACUGUAGACACGGCGUCUGAGAUUCAAACCUUGUUCAGUCGGUCAUUAGGCAUUUUACAGUCAGGAGUACUCCCGACUGCAGUACCCUCACAUAGCCUGUUAGCGGAGGUCAGAAAGGCCUAAAAUCGCCUGGGUAUUGUAUGCACAUGUGAGUCCAUCGAUAGGAUGGAAUGUCGUGGCAUGGGGACCGCUCCUGCCAAAUAAUGUCACUAACUUUAGCAGGAGACAAAAGAAUGUGAACUGUUGACUGGAAUUUAUUCACAUGUCACACCAUGUGAGCUGUCCUAUGACAAAUAAUUUGUCAAUGCUUUUCCGUAAUAGUUGUUGGAUCCUCAUUUUGGCGAGUCGAGAUCAGAUCAACCGAUGCACUAACGGCGAAUGAACUGUCAUUCCAGGACGAAAAGUAUUAUCCUACGAGGCAGUAUGUUAUGCACAGCACUCCUUUCUCUGAAACGGCAAAAGGUAAAUAUUUGGUUUCACUGCCUUCUCAUAUAUUUUUCAGAAUGUCCUUUCGAUGUUCAUAACCACGCUUCUCGUUCAUCGUUCGUUCACAAUGGUCUAUGGUCCGAAAUAUAUCACCCGUACGAAUGAGAAACUAAUUGUGUUUUUUACGUGAAUAUAAAUUUUGUGUUUAGAAUUUGCUGAAUGGAGUGUACUUUUGACGUUUAAUGUCAGGAGUUACAAAUCAGAUACUAGUCGCAGGGGGAAGUUAACUUGGCCUUAAGCAGGUUGUGGGGCAUUUAACUGACUGGGAAUUUAUAAACUAACAGAUAGGCCAGGCCCAAUUAGACCUGGUUAAGCAAACGGAUGGUAUGGGUACAAAAGGCAAUUUGGCGAGCAUGCGUCUGCUUUCGAUAAAUUCUCUUUAGUCCUAUAAAUAUAUAUGGCUAUUGAAGUGAUGAAUUAAAAGAUGCCGGCAUACAGAUAAUUAUGCCAUAGCUCUGGUUUGGGAACGGGAGAAAAAAGACUGGAAAUUGGAGUUGAUUGGUGACGAGAAACUUGGAAAUGACGGCUGUACUUGAAUGUUUUCAAAAAGCACGCCUUCACAAUGGUUUGCCUACAUAGAUUCUGGGGUAGCUCUUACGGCCCGGGUAUUUCAGAUGAAAUUCACGUACAUGAAGUGAGAAGGUCAAUUUGCUGGAAUUACACAUUCGAGCAGAUUCUUACAGACACUCUUGUUAUAUUUCGUAAGAGUAGUGUCCUGCAAAGAGAGCACUACUUGCUGCUAAACAAAGCACGUUGAAUAAAUAGUUCACAUUUUUAGACUAAUCUCCAACAACUGCAUAAAUGAAUUUAUAUUUUUUUAAACGACGUCUUGCGUCUCUCAUCCUUGUGUAGACUACUGGGAAGCUAUAUCCUUUUCAAAUAUGCUACCGAAGGAAAUUUAGUAACGCUGCCUAUACUCAAUGCUGAAAUUCCCCGAAUGUUAAAGAAGCAAGCAACUUAUCACUCAAAGUACUCACUGUUACUGUUGCAGGAUGCAAUAGGAACCUUUAUAUUUUAAAUGUACCAAUAGAUCCAAAUAUUCCCUUCAUAGGGGCAGGUAUUGCUUUAUAUUUUAUUUAAGAGCAGAUACGAAGUGCAUAAUUUUAUGACCAUAAAAUCAGGCGCAAAUGCUGGUAUAUUAGAACGGAUAGGCUAUUUGUACACCGUACCGAAGCUGAUUAGCCUUUUCCCAUGUGUCCGAAACGUAGAGGAGUCGGUAAUUUUAUCCCAAAAAUACUCAAGCCUUUUAGGUGCCUCUGACCAGUUUGCAGGGCACAGUGGGCAUUAUUAGGAAUUAGAGUAAUUUAACAUAGCUCGUAAUUUUGAAAAGUUAUUUUUGUUUAAGGUAAAGGUUUGUUUGGCUGACGGAAUGAUGCUUUGUUUAAACAUUGGCCUAUUUAAUACUUUUGGUGCAUUACAUUAAAACCUGUUUGCAGUAAGGCUCACGCCGUAAAUAACGGACUACCAGGACUGAAGGGACAUUCGGUGGAGAUAAAACAUUAAGUCCGAUAUUGUGACGCUGUUGCGCAACAUAAACAUUUGCUGUUUUUUACCCUCGAGAGGUUCAAUUGUUUCAGUAAACUGCAAUUAUGCUUGCCGAAAUUAUCCGUGACUAGAUAUUUUUAUACCGUUGGGAAAUCAAAAAAAGAAGUCCAAACGCACAAUUCGUUAUAUUUUUGGGCGCAGUAGACGAGGGUGGUUUAUGCAUUCCUCGUUCUAGCACGUUAUAAUUCGGCUUAAAGUAUCUUGUAUGGCAAUCUAUUUUAAAACCUAUCUGAUUAUAUUUUGCCGCUUAAAACGGAUGGGAAAGCCUCGGUUGGCGCUAAAUAGUUAGGCGAAAUGUGACCAUUCAGCUUUGCAACUCAUUACUAAAAUUCGACUAUGAAUGUUAAAGGUUAUGCUGUGCUAUGAUAUUAAUUUCGUGUAAAACUAUUGGUGCAAAAAAUAUUUGUUUGAUGUUAAGUACCAAGCAACGAGAAGAAAUUAAUGAUAUGGCUAACGUUUAGACAUGCUCACAAGAUCUGUUACUGCCAGCUUCUGAAUCAGUCAACUUAGAUGUCUUUUAAUUUAAAUUCUCAUUGCCUUCAGGUGGCUUCAUACUCAACCUCUCGCAGCCAUUUGUUCAUAGCGCAGUAAGCCGUUCAACUGUCUCAAUCAAGUGUGCAUUUCGCCGCGAAAAUGACAGUCAACGAAUUCGGGUACGCAACCGCCAAAUUCCUGAGCAAAUGCUUCACAAACAAAGCAUUUGCAUCUGCAUCCAUCAAUCAUAAAGAUCUCCUGUCUAUAAGGACAUUUGUUUACUCCAAGCACUUUUAGAUUAAACUUUUGCGUAUGUACGCAAACACUGUCGGUCACCGCGGCAUAAACAUGAGCAAAUACAUAUCGUAGUAUUUGGAUAAUUAACACCAAAUCUUUCUUUAAAUUGUACUAAUUCUGGUGUUUACUUGUAGAUUUUGCGCCUGUAAAGAAAAGCGUCUUAGGACUUCCAAAGUUCUAGUGGAAACAUGUUAUUCGAAACGACUUUGCUUUACCUGAAAGCAACCUGAAUGUCAUUCAGCGUAACUCCGGUUACCAAUAGUUUGACACAAAAGUUCAGAGAUUUAACCAUUUAGUUAGAACAAAGUAGUCACACCCCGAUAGGUUGCCUUGGAAAAGCAUAGUUAUUUAUUGCCAAUCAGUAGCCGUGCCUAUUUCUGUUAAGUAACUAGUAUUUGAGAUGCGGAAGCACGAACUGCAACGUACAGUAUGUGGGCUAACUCAUGAAACGUCAACGGAGAUUCCCAAAUGUGUUUUCAUUUCGAAAAGAUUAAUUAAGUAUGGUUGUAAAACUAGUCAUUCUGCAACAUAAUUCUGUAAUACUUCAGCUACCUCAGAAUACCGACCUUUGAACGAACUUCUUUUUAGCUGCAUACAAAACUAUACUCUGUAAAAAUGCCUACUUAAGUAUCAUGCUUUUUUCACAUUGAUUUUAGAUGCCCUGAAAAAUUCAAUUAUAAUUCGUGGAAAGCAUGCAUAAAAUAUCUAGUCUCUUGAUCAUUCGGUAGAAAACGACAUUUUCUUUCAAUUUUAUGCUAGAAAGAGGGACAUAAGUUGGUUUCAAUAAAGUUUCCAAUUGUGAGAUUUUUAAUACCGUGAAAUAUCCGUUUAUAAAACGUCGUGUCUCUGCAUUUACGAACAUGGCUUGUAAAGUUAACAAUAAGGCUCAAAUUCACUGCCAAAUUUUACUAACCCCAUAUAGUCUCCUCUCAAUACCGCACAGAAAUGUAUUGUUUUCCCUGCGCGGAAAAUAGACGGCUCGUAGUUUGGAAACCCUGAAUGUAAGUGUAACGGCAGUUUGGGUUCAAAAUUAUUCGGGAAUUGGAAACGUUUUUGAAAACCGAAUUAUAUAUUUUCUCCGAGAAUAAAAUUGGCAGAUGACGUCAUUUCCUACCGAAUGAGCAAAAGAAUGAAUAUUUUUAUGCAUGUUUUCCAUGAAAUAUAAUUGAGUUUUUAAGGGCAUCGAAAAUCAAACGAGAAAAGUUCAUGCUGUUUAAGUAGUUAUUUUUGCAGAGUAUAGUUUUUCCUUGCGUUUGAAAAGGAGUUCAUUUGAAAGCUAGCAUUCUGAGGAAACUGAAUUAUUACAGAAUUAUGUUGCAGGCUGACUAUUUUCACAACGCUUCUUGAUUAAUCUUUUCGGAACGAAAACGCAUUUUAGUAUUUCGGUUGACAUUUCAUGAGCCAACCCACCUACUGUAAAUAUCCUUUAGCUAGUUUAGAUUGACGUUUGGACAAGAUGAAAAUCAGGGUUUUAUGCAAGAUAUUCACUUGCCUAGAUCAUUUUGAAAUGUUGGGCAACAUUUCCGGGCGCCUAUGCUGCAUCUACUCCGCGGGACCCCUUAUAUACGGGUUGCAAUAUAAUGUUGGCGCCUAGCGUAGUUCGUCGCGCUUGAACUGCGGAUAGGUGAAUGUUUUUCCCUCGCCUCCACGAGUACAUGCCAGUUCCUUUUUUCCACAAUGUGCACCUUCUGUUUUCAUUCUCGGUGAUGAAGUGGUCCCUGCCUAGCCUCCGUUGGACUGAGAGAGUUUCACCUGAAGUACUCAAUAAUCCGUUAGACUCAGAUUUAAAAAUUGCUUGAGACACCAUGUGAAAUUUCGUUCUGACUGGUGUGUCGACUAUUGUUUGCCUGUCUCUAUAGGGAUGGCCUAUGGGGUUUCGCAUCUACACGGCACAGCGAAGUAUAUAUGCAUUCAUACACUGGUGUGUGAACGUCAUUCCAACGUUAUAGUGAAUAGCUGAUUAUUCCAAAGAUGAGUUACUAAGGGCAGGGCUAACUGCCUUGAAAAGCUUUAUCAUCAUAAGUCUGGGUUUCCGCAGUGACGCCAAAGCAUACGGGAGGUUAUUGCUAAAAUCUAAGCACAUUCUCAAGUUGUAAGCACGCUGACACAACGGUUGUCGGUUGAAGUUUGCGGUUCGUUUCGUUAAAUUGCCCAUUUGAAUCUGUAUUUCACAAUCUGAUCGUCUCUAUGGUUAUUUCUUUUAACACAAUCCACUUAUUCCUUUACAGUUUAAGGUUUACUCCGAUUACCGAACUCUUUGUGGAAUCGGUCAUCUGGACUUGCCACCUUGCAGUGAGUCAUUUGCGUUUGCUGCAUAAACAUUAAGACACCGGUAUAUUUUAUAAACGUCUGCCUUUAUUUUUCGCUCCAGAAAACGUCGUUUUCGACACAAAGAUGGGCACAGUUACGGUGACGGUUAACGUUUACAGGGGAGACGUCAAUGAGGAGCGUUAUGGACUGUUCACUUGCCAGUCCGAGAAAAUGGAGGAUCUUCACCAUCUGGUUGAUUUUGGGCCAGCAGUGUAGGUACGCAAUUGACGCCAGGUCGCGAUAAGCUUAAAUCCUUAACAUGCUUACGAAUUCUAGUAGAUGUACUAACUCAUGAAAUCUUUUCGACUCGCAAAGAUUACUUAAAUAAAGCUGUUACAUUAAUCGCCGCGCAGUAUAAUCCCAUAAUAAUUUAGUUAGUUCAGGAUGCCGACUUUUAAACGAACUUCUUGUGGCCGCCUGCGAAAAUUAUACUCGGUAAAAAAUGACUGCUUGAGUAACAUGAAAUCUUCUCAUGGGUUUUCCAUGCCCAUAUAUCCGAAUAUAUUCCAUGAAGACCACGCAUAAAAUAUUUAUUCUUCCACUCGCUUGAUGUAAAAUUACUUUUUGAAAUGUUAUACAUGAAGUAGGAGCAUAAUCCGGUUUUACAAAUGUUAAUAAUUAUGGGAUUUUUCAAGACCGUGAGGUGUCCUUUUAUUAAACAUCAUGUCUCUGCAUUUACAAAUGUUGCUUGUAAAGUUUACAAUAAGAUGAAAUACAGCAAAAAAUGUUGUUAACCCCUGUACGGUUUCCUCUUGAUACAGAAUAGGAAUGUAUGGUUUUCCGUACACAAAAUCUUUACAGCUUCUAGUUUGGAAAUCCUAAAUGCAAGCGUAACGGCGUGUUGGUUUCAAAAUUAUUCGGAAACUGUAAACGUUUUUUAAAUCAAAUUGUGCCCUUCUGUCAAGUAUAAAAUUUGAAGAAAAAGUGAUUUCACUACCAAAUGAGUAAAAAUACACAUUUUCUUUAUGAAAUAUUUUUGAAUUUAUAAGGGCAUGAAACAAUUUCAUGUUAUUUAAGCAGUCAUUUUUUCCCGAGUGUCAUUUUUGCAGGCGGCCGAAAGAAGUUCAUUUAAAAGCGGGCAUCCUGAAGUAACUGAAUUAUUAUGAGAUUGUGCUGUGCGGCGAUUAAUGUUAAAAUCCUACUUUAGUAAAAUUUUCGAGUCGAAAACGCAUUUCAGGAUUUCCUUAAUAUUUCGUGAGUUAGCACUUUUAAUGUAUUUUACUUUCCACAUGCCACGCAUGACAUUUGACUGUUUUAAAUAUCCUUAUCAAAAUUCGAAGUCUAUCAUAAGCGUACAAGUUUGUAUUCUGUUGCGGCUUUUAUAUCACAACGGAAUUUUUUUAUUAAAUCUUCAUCUCUUUAGCAAACAAUCGGAAUCCACCAGUGCAUGCCGUGUACACUUUAUACUUUUGUUUCAGUUGUUUCAACUUCGUUUGGAGGAGAACAAGUAAAUGACGCAGCCUCUUGCUGCUGAUUUGGUGACGGUGUUCAUUCUUUCUCUCUUUCUCUCUCUCUCACUAUACGAAAUACAACCUAAUGUGCUUAGAAAUUUUUGUAGUUAAUAAACUCUCAGGUCAUUCUCAACCGCUUUAAAUCAGCUACUGGAGAGGCGUGUGGUUUCUGUGACCCAAUUCAUUCUCCAAACUCCGUACAUAAAUUAAUGGGUACAGAUCGAGAUUAUAUUUUCUAUAUUUCUCAUCGAAUACAUCAACUUAUUGUACCUGCUAUCUAAUAAAAUGUUUGGUGUACUAGGAUACCAUAUGGACAGUUAUAAUAGAAGUAAGCUCUCCUAUGUUGCAGUGGUUUAUUUGUUGAGCAACGCAGAACACAUUGGUCAGAGUAAUUUGGUGAAGACGCCUGUUUUCGCUUAAAGUACAAUAGAAUACAACAGAUUUUAUUUUAAACCUGAUUUGGUUUCGACCGCGACUACUGAUAAAGUCCAAAUGCUUUACACACGACGCCACAAAUGCGGCUGUUUCCAUGGCAUGGCAUAUUUAAUAUUAGCAGUACCAAAAUUUUGUCGAAAGUCACCUUUGGCAAUUGCUUCCUUCAUACCGCACUUGAAACCAUUCAGGAGAUUUGAUAGCAAGUUGAAUUUAACUUAGAGUCUGUACUACAAAUUGGGAGUUAGAGAAUUGUGACGGUCGUAUGGAUUUCACCUGGUGAGCUCUCUAAUUUGCUGCGGACACGUUCGACUUAAAGUUCACAUCCGGGGGAACGCAGAAGGCUCGACAAAAAAAUAGAAGCAUGUUCCAUAAAAUAUAUGGGAGACGAUGGCUAACCCCUUUGAGGUCCGAAGUGCUCGCAGUCGCGUCAUGCAGCAUCACGCAAAUAAUGGAGCAGGUGGCUGGGCUUUUGACUAACACCCGUGGUGUUAAUAUGGCAAUUCAGUUGGCGUUUGCGUAACUUUGUGUACCGACAAAGAAAAGGGAGACUGGAACGGCCAUUUCUGGCUUAGUAGCCGUCGUCAGCCAGCCACGCCCGGCCUCGAAGCGUGCAACACCCGGGACUCGACUCCACGACCUAAGGCACAGAGAGACGAGUGAGUUCCGUGAAACAAUCGGCGAGCGCCCCUCUACCACUGUAUAUUCCCGAUCGAAACCGACAGGAUAACGAGCCCGUGGCUCAGUAGAAAGAGACAUUGGACUUUUAACCAACAGGUCGCGGAAUCGAGCCCUAGCUCUUGCACACUUCGGAGUUGGGCAUGACUGGCUGACGACAGCUAAUAAGCCAGAAAUGGCCACUCCAAUCUCCCUUGUCUUUUUCGGUGAUAGCAUUCUGCCUAUAUCAUGCGUCGCUGUAAAGCUGAGAGUUGGGCUCGAGAGAGAGAGCCCUAAGGCACAACGGAACGAGUGAGUUCCGUAUAAACGAUCGGCGAGCGCCCCCCUACCAUUAAUAUAAAUAGCAAAGCCUGAAUUUCGCACGAUGAUCCGCUGAAACUGUUUUAUUUCAGCCCAGCUACUUCAUGUUGACUUUUGGACCGAAUGUAACAUUUUUUCACAGAAUGCUGGCUCCACAUUCGCAUACCAGUUUCUGAAGAAAUCAAAAAGCCUAGCAUGCAUGUCUGCUUAAAGAGACCAUGUGCUUUUAUUGUCAGAUAGACAAAACAGCGUUAGAAACGUAAGUGGAAAGCGACCCUGCUAGGACCAGUCCCGCUCUGCCCCGUCAGCUCCCCAGGCCCCGACGCGGAUGGACGGGCCUAACGGCGGGGCUACGACGGGGCUGUGGACGCGAUAGCCCCUUAUUGCCCCGUCGUCGAAUAAAAAUGCGCAGGGGGACGCCAUCCUCUCCGUGAUAUUAACCCCACUUUAACGUUACCGUUAUUUUCCCUUACCUUAUUCCCCGUACAAUAGGUUAUACUAUUCUACAUGGGAACGCGGAACACCCAUACCCCUUACGUGUGCAAAGUUUAAGCCACCCUCAUUAACUACAGUGAUUGCGCCGACAAAUCAUACGUGUACCGAGGUCUACACGAACCAAAACAAUGGACAGCAUGUAUAUGCAUGCGGAAGUUUAAAGAACAUGCAAAAUAAAAAUAAGCGGUGUAUGGGACACACAUUUGUAUUGUUCAGUCAAUUAAUUGGCAUCGUUCUGUUAACAGAAUACGCCACCCACGGCAUACUCCCUUGAGAACAAAAAACUCAGCCACAAUAAUAAUUCAAUAAUUCAUUUCAUUAUCACUUUUAGCAAUAUUUUUGUUUUAGUAGACGGCAUGCGUGGCGUAUCAUUUAACUUACCGUCAGAAAUUUUAACUUACAGGAUGAAAAAAUUACCGGAUAAAUUAUUAUGUCAACAAUACCUCAUAAAUACAUUUAAGGGUGACUAAAGGAAUAUUACGGCAGCUGCAAUUCUUGUCUUUAAGUCCAAUUCUACAGACUAUAACAAAACGUUUACUUAUUUCAAUGGCAUAUUGCAUCACAUAGAAGCAUGAAGAAAGGAAUGGAUAACGUACUGCAGACCCAACGAUCCGGAUAUAGAAUAUCGAUUAAACAGCCGUAUCGAUCCGGCGUGCAUACAGUCAGCAUAAAAGUGCCGUCCACGUGGCCGUGUACAUGGCCCACUUAAACAAGACCAAUACUCGCCUUAGAGAAGAAUGAAUUUCUGUCGAUUCUAUUCAUCCGGAAAUGUAUUGUGCUGGCCACACAGCCUAUAUUUAAUUAUAAGAGCGCAAAAAUUUACCCGAUAUAAGGCAGACUGAUGUCAUUAGAAGCGACAAAAUUUCAUUAAAACUGCACGGGGCCUAGCCUCGUAUAGCGCCGCAUUUCCCCGCAGGCCAUGUGUGGACAGGGCAGCAAUAAAAUUACGUUUGAAAAUUCAUUAUUAAUGAGCUUUAUGCAACCAACUUCAUAUAUAUGGUUACUUAUAAAAAAGGUUACUUCAGUAGCAUGCAAAUUUCCCAUUAAGCUUACAAACCGAUUUUUUUGUCUGCAGGAACCUCCCGUGGCGAACAAAAGAGAUGCCACUAGUUAA